AGGUUUCACUCUCUCUCACUCUCCACUGCAUUGCGGCUAGGGUUUCACCAAACCAUUCUCUCUCUCUCUCUCUCUCUAUCUAGAACGCUGUGAAGUUUUGUUGUCGUGGUGGUGGUGGUGUUGAGUGGUCUCAGAUCUGUAUAUCGAUUUCAAUGGCUUUAAAGUGGAACUAGGGUUUCGCGGUCGCCUUUUUCGAAGUUCAGUCACUGAAAGUUUUUUUGGGGGGUUUUCUUGUUGGGAUUGGAAAUGGCGACUGCGAACCCUUUCGAUUUGCUGGGUGAUGACGAUAACGAUGACCCGUCGCAUCUGAUCGCUGCUCAGCAGCAGAAGAUCGUUCCUAAGAAGGCUGUGUCUCCGACCACCCAAGCCCCCCAGGCUCAGCACCCUAAGCCUGCAAAGCUUCCCUCCAAGCCUCUCCCUCCAGCUCAGGCUGUGAAGGAGGCAAAGACUGAAGUAGGACGUGGGGGAGGCCGAGGUGGUGGACGUGGAUAUGGACGUGGUCGUGGUGGGGGUGGAUUUAAUAGAGACCCACCCAACGAAAAUUCAUUCAGUAACAGUGGAUUUUCUGGUGGUCAAGGUGGCACUGAAGAGCCAGAUGCUGGAAAGCCCUCUGAAAGGCGUGGUGGCUAUGGUGGACCACGUGGUUCUUUCCGUGGUGGUCGCCGUGGUGGUUUUAGCAAUGGAGAAGACGGAGCAGGAGAUGGGGGGGAACGCACUCGUCGGGUUUUUGAACGCCGCAGCGGUACUGGACGAGGAAAUGAAUUCAAACGUGAAGGAGCUGGUCGAGGGAACUGGGGAACUCCAACUGAUGAACUUGCUCAAGUGACUGAGGAAGUUGUGAAUGAAGGUGAAAAAAAUGUGGCUUCUGAGAAGCCGGCUGGAGAGGAAGAAGCAACAGAUGUUAACAAGGAGAAUCCUGCAAAUGAGGCUGCUGAAGAAAAAGAACCCGAGGAGAAGGAGAUGACACUUGAAGAGUAUGAGAAGGUGCUGGAAGAGAAGAGGAAGGCACUGCUGGCCCUUAAAACUGAGGAAAGGAAGGUGGCUGUUGACAAAGAACUGGCAUCCAUGCAACAACUCUCAAGCAAGAAGGACAAUAAUGACAUCUUUGUUAAAUUGGGUUCUGACAAGGAUAAGCGAAAAGAAUUGGCUGAAAAGGAAGAGAAAUCCAAAAAGUCUGUCAGCAUUAACGAGUUCUUAAAGCCCGCUGGAGAUAGGUACUACAGUCCCGGCACCCGUGGUAGGGGUGGGCGUGGACGUGAUUCGAGAGGAGGUUAUGGUGGAGGAGGUAGCAUGAGCAACGUGGCAGCUCCUAAAAUUGAAGAUCAAGGGCAGUUCCCAACCCUAGGUGCCAAGUGAGAUUAAUACCUCAUGCCUUCUUCCAUCAAUCUCUACUGUCCUUGUUUGACUAGAAGAAUAAUGGAGUUCUCUGUAUCAAAAAACAAAAAAAAAGGUUUUUAAUGCCUUAAAUGUAAAUUUCAGGUAUUUCUUCGUGUGUUGUUCCCAUGUAGCUUCCUCCCCCUAUACUACUAUGGUCUGUUUAUUUUUAUUUUUUUUUAUGUUUUGAAUGUUUGGGGCACAUGAAAAUUUAAUUUAUGACUUGAAAUUGUUGUUGCUCA